CCCGGCAGCGUAUAUAAGUCCAGUUGGGGGGCAAGGGAACAGACUAAAGCGUUCCUCGACCAUGAAGAUCCAACUUCCAGUUGCAUCCUUGUCCCUCGCGUAUUCUCUCGUCGCGGCCAGCACCGCCAGCCAACAGUUCAAAGCACGGGACGCUCACGACGAGAUAGACUGGAGUCAGCAUCAGUUUCAAGCCCCAACGACUACGGAUUCACGAGGUCCGUGUCCUGGGCUCAAUACGCUAGCAAACCAUGGAUUCCUCCCUCGCAACGGGAAAAAUCUCACCAUUCCUAUUGUCUUCCAGGGCGCGUUAGAUGGGUUCAACGUCCAUAAGGAACUCUUGAUCACAGCGGCCAAGGCAGCGCUGUUCACCUCUGAUCUCGACGAUCAAUUCGAGCUGGAGAACCUCUCCCUACAUGGCAACAUCGAGCAUGACGCGUCAUUAUCGCGGGAGGACCACGCAUUAGGCAACAACAACGUCUUCAACGAGACCAUAUUUACCACCUUGGCAAAUUCCAACCCAGGAUCAGACUUUUUCAACACGACGUCUGCAGGGCAAGUUCAAAAAGCUCGGCUUGACCAGUCACAAGCCAGUAAUCCUGCUUUUCGCAACACCAUUAAGGAAUUCGAGGUCAGAACGCGAGAAUCUUCGCUAUAUUUGCAAGUUAUGGGAGACCCUCUCACUGGCAUUGCGCCAAAGCAAUUCGUGAAUAUCUUCUUUAGGGAAGAGAGGAUGCCGUUGGAGGAAGGAUGGAGGAAGUCGAAUACACCAGUGACUGGACAGACAGAUGGACCGUUGUUUUCAGCAAUUGCAAGAGGCUCUCAGUGGCAGCCGAUUGCAGGCCAAUGUCCUUGGGUGACCCUAGCACAAGGUGCCCCAGACGAUCCAGUCAACGAUGGUAGUAUCUUGUAGUCCAAGUUUAAGUCUUCGAGUACUCUUCCAGGUAAUCCCAAAAAUCGAGUAGUAUAAAAAUGCGGG